UCCCGCACACACUCGCACUGCGCUGAGCCAGAGAGGGAGCCCCUACGGCCCUGCGAUGAGGGGGGGAGGGGGAGAGUGAGACUGAGAGAGCGCAUGGUGGAGAACACACAGCUCUCCAGAGCCAGGACCAAGGAGGAGGAGGGCGCCGAAGAGCAGAGGGACAGCGCUGCCUGCGACCGCAGCCGUGGAAGGACUCCAGUCUGAAUGGGCCCAGACGGAGCCGGAUGGAGCAUGGGCCAGGUUUUAGGAUUUGCCCACUGCAAGGAAUCUGGUUCUGUCUCCACGACGCCUGACUCCACCCCUCCCAGCACCGAGGGUGGGAACGAGGAGUCGGAUUUCCCGGACCUGCACACGGCCCGAGAGUGGUCGGAGGAUGAGGAGGAGGGGGAGGAUGGCCAGGGGAGCCCCUCGGUGUGGGGGACGCCCCGACAGAGCUCCUACGAGCUCACCUUCUCUUACAUUGCCUUCUCCGAGCCCGAGGGCGGCGGGACACGGCGGAGGCGCGGGCGGGCGGCCUCCGGGAUGAGCCGCACGGACACGGUCGAGACGCUGCUCCCCGAAUCUCCCCAGGCGGACACGUCCUUCCAGCAGUGGGACCCCGCUUUCUCUAUGGGCACCGAGGAGGCGGAAGGUGGAUGUUGUUGUCCUGCGGUUGGGCGGCAGGAGGCAGAACUGCCCCUCGUACCCCCGAUGGAACUGAGACUGCAACCCAGCACAGCCACAGUCCUGCAGGGCGGCGCUCUGGUCCGACUGACCCAGGACUCCCAGGUCUCCGAGCCCUCAGUGGACAGUCUGACCCGAGACACCUGGGUCUCUGAGCCCUCAGUGGAAAGACUGGCCCAGGACACCUGGGACUCCAAGCCCUCAGCAGACAGACUGGCCCAGGACACCUGGGUCUCCGAGCCCUCAGCGGACAGCGAGAGGAUGACCCCAGGGGACAGCAGCCCAGUGCUGCUGCACCCCAGCACGGACGCUGUGCUCUCGGGGGCGGGGAGUGUCGACAUGUCAUCUACCAUUGGCCAGAGCACUCAGGAAGAGCCAAACAGCGAGCGGUGGUUCACAGCGUUUAGCCAAUCAGAGGGUCACGUCCAGGUAGCAGCAGUGUCGGAGCUGAUCUACUGGAAGGAUGCCCAGCGCACGGGCGUGGUGUUCACCGGGCUGGUGGUCAGCCUGAUCGCCCUGUCUCAGCUCAGCAUCAUCAGCGUGGGCUCCAACCUGGCCUUCGCUGUGCUCUGCGUCACCAUCACCCUGCGCCUCUACUACAAGACGCUGCAGGCCCUCCACAAGUCUGACGGGGCCAACCCCUUCCAGUGGUACCUGGACUACGACAUCAGCGUGUCCAAGGAGCUGACCCAGCGCUGUAUGGACCGGGUCGUGCUCAUGGCCACCACUGCUGCCACGGAGCUGCGCAGGCUAUUCCUGGUGGACAACUUCCUCGACUCCUUCAAGUUCGCACUGCUGAUGUACCUGCUGACCUACAUCGGAGCUGUCUUCAAUGGCCUUACUCUCCUCAUCAUGGCUGUGAUCUGUGCUUUCUCCCUGCCGCUGCUUUACAGACAACACCAGACGCAGAUAGACCAGUACGUGGGGCUGGUCACAGGCCUCAUCACUGACAUCACAAACAAGAUCCAGGCGAAAAUUCCAAGUGCCAAACCCAAAGAACAGUGAGGAGAGAGGGGACACUAGGGGCGCCUCUCCAAGUCUUACCAGGCGGCUCUCCUGCCUCAGAGCCCCGCUCCUGCUGGGGGUCAGGGGGUAUGGGAAAGGGUUCGAGAGGCACGAUCUGAAAGCUGAAGUGGAUGGCAGGGUGGGGCUGCAGUUUGCAAAAACUAUAGGUGUCCAUCUCUGACAGAGAGAAAAGCCUCCAGUCCAAAAUCCAUAGUUUUAAUUUAAUUAAAAGGGAGAAAAGCA